CAGGCAAAUCGGAGUUUUCUUCCUUAACUGAUCGGCCACAGGUGCCAUUCAAUCAGCUUCCAUUGCUGGUGAAUUGCAAGCUUGUUAAUCAUUCGAUGAUGAAAAGAAAAUCUGGCAAACUGUUUAUUCUUCUCAGUUUCUUCAUAUUCUACUGCCUCUGCAUUCGAUUUUCCCACGCGGCGGAUACCAUCACACAAGACCAACUGCUCCCUGACAGGAAGACCUUGAUUUCUGCUGGUGAGGUUUUUGAGCUGGGCUUCUUCAGCCCCGGCAAGUCCAAGAGUCGUUACGUGGUAAUAUGGUACAAGAAAGUCACGAAACAAAGUGUUGUAUGGGUUGCCAAUAGGAAAAAUCUAGUAUCGCAUUCAUCUGGUGUCCUUACAAUCAACAACAACAAUGGAAAUCUGAUGAUCUUGGAUGAGAUUGUAGGCAACUUCAUGGUGACAUCUGAUUCUGCUACCAAUCAAACUAGUGCUCGGCUCUUAGAUUCCGGAAACCUCAUACUGAUAGAAGGGAAUUCGACGAAUGAUGAAGGCCAGGUCAUAUGGCAAAGCAUUGAUUAUCCUACCGAUACGUAUCUCCCUGGCAUGAAACUGGGAGUGAAUAGAACGAGUGGGCGAAAAUGGCUCCUUGCUUCAUGGACAAGUGAAGAUGACUCUGCUCCUGGGGACUUCACUUUUGUAAUAGAUUCCAAUGGAUUGGCUCAAUUUUUUAUACAGAGAGUACGACAAAACUACUGGACUAGUGGCACUUUGAACGGGGAGAUUUUCAGCCUUGUUCCUGAAAUGAGAACAAAUUAUUUAUUAAAUUGCAGCUACGUAUCGAAUGCAGAUGGGACAUAUUUUAUUUAUCCACUUUAUUAUAAAACUAUAAUUUCAAUACUGGUGAUGGACGUGUCUGGGCAAAUCUGCGAAGGGACGGUGCUCUCUUUCUGCAAGUGCUUGCACAGGUUUGAGCCUUACUCUCGACGAAAUUGGGAUGCAGGUGAUAAAUCAAAGGGGUGCGUGAGGCGAAUAGAACUGAAGUGUGGGAGUCAAGAUGGGUUCUUGCGGUUGAGUGACAUGAUGUUUUCUGGUAACCCUCGACUUCUAAAGAAUUCAAGUCUCAGCCUAGAAUACUGCAAAAUUGAGUGCAGGAGAAAAUGCUAUUGUAUUGCUUAUGCUUCUGCUCAUGACAACAGAACCGGAUGUUCCUUUUGGGAUGGAGAGUUGAUGAAUCUUGGUAAGAUCUCCGCCAACAUCUCUAGAAAUGUCCCUGAUCUUUAUGUUCGUCUUGCUGCUUCAGAGCUUGAUCCACCUAAUGACUCUCAAACAAAAAGUCACUAG